AUGUAUGCUGGACGGAAAAGAAGAAAACCGGCACAGAAGGGAGUCAAACCGACCCCAGCCGAAGGCGCCAAGUCCAACCCGUCCAAACGCCAUCGCGAUCGUCUGAACUCGGAGCUGGACCGGCUUGCCAGCCUGCUGCCCUUCCCUGAAGAUGUCAUAUCCAGCCUGGACAAACUGUCCAUACUGAGGCUCAGCGUCAGCUUCCUCCGCACCAAGAGCUUCUUCUCCGUGGCGUUGAAGAACCAGCUGUCCAAUGGCAUGAACAAGAGCAGCGCUUACAGUGACAACAGCAAAACGUCAGGAUCUGUGGAUGGAUGCAUGCCUGAGGGAGAACUGCUGCUGCAGGCCCUGAAUGGCUUCGUCCUUGUGGUGACAGCUGAGGGAAUCAUCUUCUUCUGCUCUCACACCAUCCAGGAUUACCUUGGCUUCCAUCAGACCGACGUGAUGCACCAGAGUGUAUUUGAGUUGAUCCACACUGAAGACCAGCAGGAGUUCAGGAGCAACCUGCACUGGGCCCUCAACCCCCCUUCCGGCCUUGGACCCCCCACAGAUCCCUCAACAGAUGGAGAGCCAGUGUCGACUUCUUCCUGCCUGGUGAGCUACAAUCCUGACCAGCUUCCACCUGAAAACUCAUCCUUCCUAGAAAGAGGCUUUAUCUGCCGCUUCCGCUGUUUGUUGGACAACUCCUCUGGCUUCUUGGCGUUGAAUAUCCAGGGUCGACUCAAGUUCCUCCACGGUCAGAGCCGUCAGCAGUGCGACAGCGAAGGGAGUACCCCGCCUCAACUCGCCCUGUUCGCCAUUGCCACACCCCUCCAGCCUCCAGCCAUCCUGGAAAUCAGAACAAGGAACAUGAUCUUCAGAACCAAGCACAAGCUCGACUUCACACCCAUGGCCUGCGACGCAAAGGGUAAAAUAGUUUUGGGCUACACCGAGGCGGAGCUGAGAGUUCGGGGAUCGGGUUACCAGUUCAUUCACGCUGCCGACAUGCUGUACUGUGCCGAAAAUCAUGUCCGAAUGAUAAAGACGGGAGAGAGCGGCCUCACCGUCUUCAGGCUGCUCACCAAGGACAACCGGUGGAAGUGGGUCCAGGCAAACGCCAGGCUCGUCUAUAAGAAUGGCAAACCUGACUACAUUAUUGCCACCCAGAGGCCCCUGGUGGAUGAGGAAGGGGGGGAACACCUGAGGAAGCGAUCAAUGCACCUUCCUUUCACAUUUGCGACCGGAGAGGCCAUGCUCUACCAAAUCGGUUAUCCACUGCAUGGCUUCCCAGAUUCCUUCCAGGGCAAAGCCAAAGGCAGCAAGCCCAAGAAGGGCAAACUGAACAAGAGCUCAGAUUCCUCAGAUGACCUGGACCCAAAGUCCCUGCUGGGAGCGGUGAUGAGCCAGGAUGAGUCUGUGUAUGUCUGCCAGCCAGACACAGAGCCCAAGAUGUCCUACCACAGCAGCCUUUUUAGCGAGCAGCAAGGUGACAGCAGUUAUAGUGGCUUGCUAAGUGGUGACAGCUGGCACGUUGUGUCUAAUGCGGAGACAGGGAGAUGUGAUAGAAAAACACCUAGUUAUGACCCACUGCUGGCCACUUUGGACUCUCUGUCCUUGGAUGGAGAGGAAACCUGCUCCAAUAGUGAGCUCUUUAGUGCCCUGGAGAACCUGGGUCUAAACGCUGAAGACCUGGAGCUCCUGCUGCUGGAUGAGAGGAUGAUCCAGGUUGAGCUGGACCCCAACCACAUCCCAACACUGAAUGACCUCCUCACCAACAACGAAAUCCUCUCCUACAUCCAUGACUCACUGGAAAUUGGGACUGAGGCGGAGGAACAAGGAGACAGAGGUGGGAUUAGAGAUUUGAGUCCACCAAACCCAGACUCAGCUCAAAGCGUCACUCAGCAGCCACAGGUGUGCCUCACACCUGCUGUCCCUCCAGCUCUCCCCAGCAGCAGGCAGCCCAUCACCCAGCUGUCACAACAGAUGCAGCGCCACAUCAGUGCAGGUGAACUGGUGAAAGCUCAGCCUGUCACCCAGUCAGGAGCAUUGGACACCAAAAUUUUAGCUGGGAUUCCUGACGGUCACUGGGUGGUAGCUUCAGAGAACCACCAUCACCCCAACAAUCACGCACAUCAUCACCCACAUACUGUACUCAAAACCUCACAGUUGAACAGUCAACAUAAACACCUUAACUCACCGCUGGAAUUGAGUCAACAGUGGCAGCCCCAGCAGGACCAUUUCUCAGUCCACCUCCAAUCCCAUCAACAGGCAAGCAGCCAGAGCUCUUUGGCUGGCUUCCAGAAUCAACUUGGACUGACAAACGGAUCUUACAUUCCAAAUGGACACGCAGCCUUUCCACGCAAAGUGGAGGUUAGCCACAUGGGUUACAGCAUUUCCAGCACACCACGUCCAGGUAGCACAGUGCUGAAUGGCAUGACCACACCAGGAGCAUGUCACCACCAGACUUCGGUGGCCACCACACAGCCCUACCAGCUGCAGGGGCACCAGAAACACCAGCAGCAGCAGAUGUUGCAGCAGACUCAGGUCCCACCAUCUUGUUUGCCCCAGUGUCCCACCCAGAGCCAUUCACUCGAGUUUGGGCAGUUACUGGGUCUGUCCCAGCCGCCAUCAUUAGAGGCCUACAGCUUGUUCAACACGACACAAGACUCCACUCACAGCAAGUUGGAGAAUGGCUGCCUCCUCAGUGCCACCAACGCAGCGUACAUCAGGACGUGUCUGAUGCCCAAUGGGAAUGAAGUGGCGACAGGCGACGUCCCUGUCUCCUGCCCAGACGGACUCUCCACCCUGCAAGACCCCCAGAAAUCUGGAUUCUUCGUCUGAAAGGGUGAUGGCAGAGUAUCAGACGAGGCUAGAGGAGCAGAGAAGUCAGACAUCACACUCAUGCUACUCAGAGAAUCGACAAAGCAUGACAAGGAAAGACGACUCCAGAGGAAGGAAUUACGUUUCUUAUCUGUCACAGUGGGUAUUAUAAUAUUUAUAUUAAUUUGUUCACAAAAAGUUUCAUUUUCAUGUUUGGUUAAAUGUAUUGGCAGUCGGAUGUUUUCCAGUUUGCUUAUUGGAUUUUCGCCUCCAAGCCAAAACGCUUCCCUGUCUGAUUUGUAUAUACACUGUUAAAGUCCUGAAGAGAAGAGAAGACACUGUGAUGCUCAGCAAAUUGGAUCCUUUGGUGUGGUCAAAGGCUCUCUUUUUAUCUGUAUAGUCCCAUGCUGAUACUCAAACAACUUCCUGUUUUGCUGGAUCACUACAACGUGUUUAACUCUGACCCUGACGCAAGAAAGAUUUCUAGCUCAGACAAUCAAUAUGUUUCCAUUGUGAAGGAUGUAAUGACAUCUAACAUGAUAGAAAGCAGCAUUUUAGCACAUCUCACAUUACUGCUGCCCAUUUCCGAAAGCAGACCGUACAUGUUCAGGUUGUUUUCCUGCUUUGCAAGUAGCUGUUGGCUAGAAGUUCAUCUCAGUCUGAAAUGAUGUUCAGUUUAUUUUCAUGUCAGACAACUACUUAAAGUGUCAUUCUGGAAGAUUUCAGUCCUGGCUGAUUUUGUGACACCUGUAGGGUGCCAGGUUGCAGAAUUCUGGGCACAGCAAAACAAACUAUGAUCGCAUUCAUAAAGAAGUCGGUCAAUAAUUGGCCUUUUUCCAUCACUCUGUGAGCAACUGUAAUCAGAUUUUAUGAUGCACACUGCACUAGUCUGAAGCUCACGCAUUGCAUUUCAUGUCACUGCUUCAUAAUAAGCGUGUGUUUCGGCAGGUAAAUGCUUUUAAUGUGACACUGCAGUAGUUGGAAUUGUUCAGUUUGCAUUAACAGUCACUUAAUACUGCAUUUUUUGUCGAGCCUGACAUACCGUUUGUAAUGCAAAUAUAUAAAUAUUGCACCAUUGGGUUACCUCAUUUGCGACACAUAGUGACUUGCCACACAACACACAUUUCUUUAAAUGAAAAUCUUAGCGAUUAUACAUUUAAGUGAACUGAUACCAGUGGCUACCUGGAAAGUAUGGAAUAUUCUGCCUUAAAAGACAAGUUUUAAAAAUGGUCAGCAGUUAUAAUGAAGGAAAUGAUUCUCAGUAAACGGGCUGAAGCAUGCAAAACCACCAGCAUGUGAAAAAAAACACUGACAACAGAUCACUGUUACAUGGUUGUAAGAACAAGCUUCUCCCAUGUCUGCUGGUCAUCUGCUUUUUUUCUCUUAAUGCAGAAAUGUGAAUCUUUUUCAUUAAGUCAGGCUCAGUAUGGUAAGUGUAGAGGGAACAUUUCUUUGAAGAAGAUUUAUACAAACAGCAAUGAGAUAUGGACUGAACACACCAACAGAUUAUUUAAAAAUCAGUGUUCGUUUGUCAUCUAUACGUAGAAGACCUGUAGGGUUAGUAGAUGUGGUUAGUCCUGGUGCUUUACAUGUCAACAAAACAGCAUUUCUUUCUUGUCGUUAUUGUUGUUGAGAUGAGAUUUAAACAGAAGGGUUCAAAUCAGAAAGGAAGAGUUUUUAUUUAUUGCCGCUGCCACAGAAAAACCACCUUACUUCUGCGGCAGUGGCAUCACGCUGUUGAUCCUAAUGCUGCAUUUUAGCCUAUUCGAGGUUUACAACGAUGUUGUGCACUUACAUGUAUAUUAUAGACGUAAUCAGAAAGGAUCUGAUUUGUCUGUCAGUGGCACUGAAAUCUAACAUAAAAAAGCAUUUUUGUUUCCUGACCGGAGACAGUGUGAAAAUCUCCCGUUAUUGCCUUGUCUCGGCGGCCUCGGCCAGGCAGACUCCCACUUACUUUAUCCUGCAGUCGUGUCGUGUGGGAAGCACUGAGUGCACUUACAUGCACACAGUAAUCCAUUAAGGACCUAAUUGUAAAUAAUAGAUUACAACUGAAGGCCGAGGAGGAAGUGCAUGCAAGUAUUUCUUAAGUUUUGUUUCCCUGUGAUCAGAACGUAGUGAUUCCAUGAUUGAGCAAUUAUGAUAUGUCUGUUUUUUUCCAGUCUUUCUUUCUUUUCAUAUCUGGCCAGUAUGUUCACGAAUGGUGAAACUGUGAACUUCCUAAUUGCUCCUUGAUCAGUAGAAUUCGUUGGAGACUCGAACCAAACCACUCCGGCCCAGCCAGGCUUAACAGAGCUAACAGACACAAGCCGUAAACUCCAGAUAGUUUUGUUAUACUGAACAAACACGACUGUGAAAUGCAUUUCAACUUCUAUUAAAGGCACUAUGUACAUGAAGGGUAUGAAAAUGUCCUACUUCAGUCUGACGAUACAUUGCAAAAGUUGUCCCAAUCCUUUGGGUCAGGAACCCCCAGUGCACCCCAAAACAUGAGGGGGCCACUAGAUGAUUUCAGUUUCACAAAUUCUUCUUUGACUUUUGUCUUAAUUCUGCCUUUUUUGUUUGAAAUACUGGAUUAUUUGACCUCUUCAGGCCUGUAAAAAUCUUUCAAAUCUUUUCAAAUGAGAAAAGGAAACUUUCCUCCGGUAAUUGUUAAAAUUGUUAUUGGAAUUAACACUGAUGAUCUUUUGGAAUAUGAUGCAUUGCUGUCAGUUAAACUAGCCAAUAGUACAUAAAGUAGUUUAAACAAGCUUAAACAUCUACAGCAGUAAAAUGCAACGUACACAUUAAAGCAUAAUAUUAACCUACAAACAUCAGAUACCAUAGAAAAACAACAUUUUACUGCGCAGUGAGUAGUUUUGCUUUUCGUACUUAAAGUAAAUUUCAUUUUUGCUUAAGUGAAGGAUCUGAAUUCUUGCUCUACUUUUCUCUGGUGACACUGGUGUCACCAUGCAUGAGGAAAACAUGCCAGAGAAUCAAAGCUUUUCACCCAGCACUGAUAUGACAUGAACGCAGUACUAUUAGAAGACCUCAGACGUAAAAGAUAGAAAGGAAGCUGGAGAGUGGACGACAGACUGGACAGCAUUUAGCAUUUAGCACCGACUCAAAAACCAAAUGAGAAACAUGUGAACACACGUGUCUGCAGUUGCUCCAUUGUUGAAUGUCUUGUGUAACCUGUAAAGCCGUUUGAAACAUGAAGCUUUUAUUUCACUCCAAAAAGGUGCUUAAAAGUGAUUUGUCGAUAUUGGUAGAGUUAGCUGACGACAAACGCCGCAAUGAUGAAACGCAUUUACAGAUUUGCUUGUUUUCCUUCACUUGUUUUGCAAAUUUUUCUUUGUAAACUGACUUUUCUUAUAAAACAGAUUAUUUAAAGCAGUUGUGAGAUCAAUUGCUGUAUGAAAGAAAAAAAUGUAUAAAGUGACAAUCAUUUUCCAAGGCGCUUUAAAAACAAAAAAAAAUGGUUGUGUGUGUAUAUAACUGUGUUUUUUAUUGGUGUUGUUGCAAGCACUACUUUAAAAUCACUGCUCUUACAAACUCUUUCUCCAGCACUGAGAGUAGUCUUGUAGAAAAAAGCAUUUUAUGACUCUAUGUUGUAUGAAUAUUGUACCCAAGACUUGUGUUUUAUCUUAAUGUCAUGUUUGAAGACAGUUUGCCACUUUAGCUCAAAGCAAAACGGUGCCAUAAGGCCAAGUCAGGCCGGUCCAUGGUUCAGCAGAUGAGGAGAUAUUUCCCAACACUCGAGCAUUUUAUAUAAAAAUCUGAAAGCUUUUCCUGUUCUUUAGUAUCUUAAAAUCCACUUUGUCCAACAGAUAACAUUUAAAAGUGACUGUUAAUUGUUUUAUACUUUAAUUGUGUUCUCAACGAUUUUGUCAGAGUUGGAUUAAAACUCAACUUUGGAACCAAACUCUCCGUGAGCUGUUUUGUCGUGGUUCAUUUUUUGGAGGCACACAGACUUUAUUUUGCUACUUUUAUCACUGAAAGUUGUUGGUGUAUGUAAACAAAACAUUUUUUUUAAAUGCAUUUUUUCUUUGAGCCGUGUGUUGAA